GCUGGGAAUGUAAUUUCCUGAAGUGCCACAGCCGCUGUGAUUUCUUCCGGGUUCCAGUGUGAGUUUGUUUUGUUUGGGUGUAUCAGCGGACGAAAAAAAAAAAACAAAAAAAAACGCACACGGCUCGAUCGUAAUUAGCGUCUUUUCCUCCCCUCCAACUUAUGUGACGGCGGAAAAUAAGAUGUUCCCCGAGGGUUUUAUUCACAAGUCUCGCUCGGUGGAGGCGGAAAAGGUGACUUCACCGUGAUUUCAUUCCGACCUGAGACACCUGUUGCUCCAGUUUCGGCGGACAGGUGCCACUUCGUCAAACAGGGAGCAGCUCCGCGUUCCCUGCUCCAUCGAAACUUGGAUUUAUACAUUUCUUUUUUAUUUCUUUCCGUUUUUGUUUUUUGUUUUUUGCUUUUGGGUACACAUUUGAACUUUCUUUUCGCUGGGAUGAAAGUGACAGUGACUUUCGGGGACACCUCCGUGGUGGUUCCCUGUAAAGCCGGAUGGAUUGUACGGGAUUUAGUCGAGCAAGCCACGCGCAGAUAUCUCAGGAUUUUGGACCAGCAUGGAGAGAGCACAAUAAAGACCCAGCACUUGGAGUACUCUGAAGGAGGCAUCCUGGAUAUGGACGACCUGCUGAGCGACCUAGUGGAGGACAGGGACAGGCUGGUGGCGGUGUUUCACGAGGUCCAGCAGGAGAGGGCGGACAGUCCCAGGGAGAGCAUGUCCAACGGCUACUCCAGCUCCGCCCCAAGCCCAGAGCCCCUCCACUACUACUCUCACCUGGACUGCAAGGAGCCGUCCAGUGGCGAGAUCGAAGUCAACGAGGCCGUCCUCAAAGCCAAUACGCCCCUGCUGGUGAGGAGCAGCAGCGACUCCGCUUUGGCCCCGCCCCAUGAGAGGACGGCCACGCCUCCGCGUGACGACAGCAGCGAUGGGUCGCCCGAACCGGAGCUCAACCAUGUUCUGAAAGCGGCUCUGAACCGACACACUGAAGACCACCCCGCCAAGAUGAGCCAUGUCAACUUCAGUGCUCUGACGAGGACAAUCGAGAUCUCAGGCGAUGGCGGUCCUCUUGGUAUCCAUGUGGUGCCCUACUGCUCCUCUCUCAGUGGACGAUCCCUGGGCCUCCACAUUAAAGCCAUCGAGGAAAACAGUCGGUCCAAGAGAGAGAACAUCUUCCGGGAGGACGAGAGUAUCGUCAAAAUCAACGACACGCCGCUCCAGGACAAGACCUUCGCUCAAUCGCAGGAAGUGUUCCGCCAGGCCAUGACCUCCUCCUCGUCCUCUUUGGUGCAACUCGAGAUCCUCCCUUCUGCCAACAAGAUGCGCUACGAGAAGAGCCUGAUAGGUCAGCUUUUCUCCAGCGACACCAAAGACAUCAUCGCGAAAGCGAAGAGUCCGCUGUUGGUGCGCGCCAAAGCCGAUUCCCAGCCGGAACCCAAAAUGGAUCCCAAGCCGAACGCCAAGUCAGAGGUUAAGCGAGCCAGGACCCCGGAGAGCCGAGCCAGGACCCCGGAGAGCCGGGCCAGGACACCAGAGGUGCGAGCCAGGACCCCGGAGGCGCGAGCCAGGACCCCGGAGCCAGUUGUGGAGCUGCAGUCUGGGCCUAGCUCUUUGGAAAGAGAUUCACCCAUACCUCCACCUAGGACGACCAGCUCCUCCCCGUCACCAAGGCCCCGGAGCCAGAGCCCGCUGGCUAGAAAAAGUCCUGUCGCACUCAACCUAGCUAACCUCACCAACAAGAAGGGCGGCAAGAGGAUAAAAAUCGACCUGAAGAAGGGCACCGAGGGCCUGGGCUUCACCGUGGUGACCAGGGACUCCUCCGUCCACGGGCCGGGCCCGAUCCUGGUGAAGAACAUCCUGCCGCGCGGCGCCGCCGUCAAAGACGGUCGCCUGCAGCCCGGCGACCGAAUCCUGGAGGUGAACGGUGUGGACAUGACCGGCCGGAGCCAGGAGGAGCUCGUGGCCAUGCUGCGCAGCACCAGGCAGGGCGAGAGCGUGUGCGUGGUGGUGGCGCGGCAGGAGGACAUCUUCCUGCCUCGAGAGCUGAAAGGUGAGGAGGCAAGCGGCCGGGUGAUGGAGGACGGCAAGGAGCAGCUGAUGUACGAGAUCGCCCUCAAUGAGACGGGCUCGGCCGGCUUGGGCGUCAGCCUGAAGGGCAACAAGUCCAGGGAGACCGGGGAGGACCUGGGGAUCUUCAUCAAGUCCAUCAUCCACGGAGGAGCCGCUUACAAGGACGGCCGCCUGAGCGUCAACGACCAGCUGAUCGCGGUGAACGGGGAGUCGCUGCUCGGCCGCUCCAACCACGCCGCCAUGGACACGCUCAUCAAGUCCAUGUCGUCGGAGGGGAACGCCCGGGGGACCAUCCAGCUCGUCGUGCUCCGGGCGCCGAGACAAGCGCAGCAGAUGAGCGGUGCCAACGCCGCAUCGAGCGCGGCCUCGAACGCCCCCGCCUCGCAUCAGCCCGGCAGCCAAACGUCCUCCUCCAAUCAGGAGCCUUGGGGCCAUGAUGCAUACCAGAGACCUUCAGGACCCUCCAGGCCCCCCAACACGGAGCCCGCCGCCAAUGGAAGUCACACAACAGUGUCGACCGGCAACUCUGCUCCGUAUCCCGCUGCGACCACCAACGGUGGCUACGUUCACUACCGCGACGAUGACGACGACAACAGCGACGAAGGGGAGGUGGAGCGCGCCUUCCCUCCGCCGCCGUCCCCCGGAGCCGUGGAGGAAAUGAACAGGGACUCGCCGUCGAAUCUCCCUCGCUACAGCGACUUUCAGACGGUACCCCCCGCGGCUGCGUCUUUCUACGGCAGCGACGAUAAGGACAACGUUCCUCGAAAUAGAGCAUCCAAGAGCAUGGAUAUGGUGGCUGAUGAGAGCAACGUGGGAUCACUGGUUGGGCAGAGGAAUGAGCCUUCAGCUGGAGGAGCGUUCGGUCCGACCCUGGGCCUCUGGAAGUCCAGCUCCCUGGAGAGUCUCCAGACGGCGAUGUCGGAGGCCAAGCAGAGUCAGAUCCAGGCCCCGGUGCCCUUUCACCGCCCGCGGCCGCACAUGGUCCGGGGCCGGGGGUGCAACCAGAGUUUCCGGAACGCCAUCGACAAAUCCUACGAGGGUCCUUCUGAAGACGACGACGACAUGUCGGACCACAGCUCCGGUCACGAGACGCCCGCCAGCAGCUCCUCUCGCCAGGACCUGGACGCAGAGGAUGGAAAGAAGAAGAAGAAGAAAGGGAAGAAGAAGGAGAAGAAGAGCAAAGGGAAGAAGGAGAAGAAAGGAGAUGAUUCUGGGGAGGAGCUGGAGAAGAAGACCAAAAAGAAGGGAUUUGGCCUCUUAAGGUUCGGGAAGAAGAAAGACGACAAGGCCAAAGAUGCAGCGAAAUCGUCAAAGGGCAAACUGGAGGCCUUGAGUGAAGAGGAGCUGGACAGGAUCCCUGACAGCAGAGACAGGCACGACCCACGUUACGCCACGUCGUCCUCCCUCCCCGACGUGGAGGACGACGACAGCGACCCCAACUACGCUCGCAUCAGCAACUUCCGGCAGCCGCCCUCGCCGCAGGUGCUCGCCAGGCGCACGCCGUCGCCGGGGGCGCCCGCCACGGGGGGUCCCAACCCGCCUCAGUUGUCCGCCGAGGACCUCGACGGGCUUUACGCCAAGGUCAACAAGUCCAGGCCUCCUCAGACGCAGGCAGACAGCGAUCAGCGCCACCAGCGCAGGGAGCCCCAUCCGGCCCGAGCCGCUCCGGCUUACGACGAACUUGAAGCGGCGCGCCGCCGAGCCCUGGAGUAUGACCCGAACAGGAUGGCGCCCAGAGGAGCCGAAUUCCGACCUGAGCCCCGGUACGACGAGCUAGACCGACGAUACCCCGCUCAACAAAGGAGGGAUCCGUAUGAUUACCCCACAAACUCCAGACCAGCGCCAAGGGAGCCAGUCCCCUACCCGGGCCCCUACCAAGACCCUCCGGUUUCCAGCCACCAGGGCCGGAUGCCCCUCCCUCAAGCGGGCACCCAGUCUCAGCAGGCCGCCAGCAACCCACGCUACUACCACCCCUCAUCUCAAAACCCCGAGCAGCACCACCGCUCGGCGUACAGGCAGGACGUCCCGCAGUCCCCAACCGCCGGGCGCAGGGGGCGGCACUACUACGAAGCCGUCGGAGGGCAAGGAGACGGCUACCGCCAGGCCAGCCCCGGCCGCUACGCCAGCCCAGAGCGCUACCGCUACGGAGAUGAAAGAGAGCCCGACCCGAGGCGGAAAAAGCCCAUGAUAGGUGCAGUUUAAGAGGUAGCCCCCGCUCCCCCCCACAUGUAACCACUCACAUACAGAGGAUAUAAACAUAGCUCUGAAUUGAAGUGUUUCCACAUGUUAUGAGCCGGACUGCCAGUGUGCAUAAAUGAGAUUUUUUCCAUAUUAAUUUAUGAGACCAAGAACACUGAAAGCAAUACGUAACAACACUAAAAUAGCCUAAAAUCAUCAAAUAGGAAGAUUUAUGGAUAAGGAUGUGUGUGUGUGUGUGUGUGUGUGUAUAUAUAUAUAUGUAUGUGUGUGUGAAUGAAUGAUGUGUUAAGAUUGGAAAAUAUUUUCAGCUGAAAGCACAUGACCCAUAUUUUAUAUGUAGAAACGAAAUGAAGGGCGGUUAAAUGAAUUACACAGAUGUACGGAAGUAGCGUAGUGCCAAAUGUUUUGUAAAAUCACCGACGCCCCGGCAACGAAAGCGGCGCUGACCUGCAUUUUGCACAGUCUGAAUAAAAUGGAGGAAAUAAAGAAGGGAUCACCUUGACCGGCCAGACGGAGGAACAGGAAGCUGAAGCUGACAAACAGGAAAAGGAAGUAACUCCCCUUCAAAGUGUCUUCUCGUCCUUGAUGUUUUGUCUCUAGGAUUUCCUUCACAUCCCGGUGUUUCUUUUGUACUUUUUACCGUUGAUUAUUUGAAUGUGAAUUUGCUAUGUGUAUAGCUGCGCUGAUAUUUUUGUGGUGUUUGUAAUAAAUGGUAGAAAUUCUGAUCCACGCGCGAGCUAGGAAGUAAACGAAGCUAAUAAAGAACUGAAUUAACAUGCCACUGCUAAAAGUCGCUGCACCGAAAACUGUGUCGAUGGUCACCAUGCUCUGUAUGAUUUUUUUAUACAAAUAUUUUGCAUUAAAUGUUUUGAGAUUUCUA